CGAAAAUCCGCUUUUUGGAAUUUUGAUUGCGCUUCGGUUGCAGAAAUAAAUUAAUCCUUGACAAAUUAAGUUAAAAUCUGUACAAUAAACAAAAAAAUGGCUGCAAGGAGAAAUGGUAAAAAUCGCUCUUCGGCAAAGCUUCGCAGCUUUGGUCCUUUGUUAAAUCAAAGGCCCACACAAGGCCUCUUGGCUUACAAUUCAUGGCAGGCGCAGGUGUUCAUCGAGAUGUUGGGCACAAUGCUGACGGAGCAGGAGUUCAGCGAUGUGGUAUUACAGCCUAUCAUCGAAACUUAUGCGCGCUUUGUGCGAGAAGCACGUCGGAAUAUUUGGUCAUUGUCGUUUAGCCACCGCCUGAUGGUGCGCAUGAAAUACCUCCGUCAUGCCCAGCGACUAGUUGAACUAUUGGGCGCAAUUUUACCAUGGCGUCAAUUUAACAAUAUGAUUUUAAAUCCAAUCAUCAUGACAUUUAUAGAAUUAUAUGCAAAAUUUGUUUUGGACAUAUCGUUAACCGGUGAUGGUCUGCAAAAUAGUAAAACAUUGAUCGACAUUGAUUGGAAUUGCACAGUAGAGGCUUUUUCGUCCACACCAUAUCGAAAAAUUCGUUUAAAUGAAAGCACUUGUGGUAAUUCACGUUCUGAGUUGUUGCCGUGCGAUUGAGGGACAUAUGGCAUUGCACUAAUUACGUUUUAUAAGUAUAACAUAAGCUAAUCUUUUAGGAACAUGAACACUUCCUUGUAAAAAUAAAGUAGCUUUCAGCUUUUGAAAGUGUUACAAUUAAAUUGUAUUAGUUUUUUCGUUGGUUUUCAUUCUGGAUUUUAUUAAAAAAAUAUAAAGGAGAGAAGAAAUCUAUUUUCUAUGAAAAUUAACGUGUUUCGAAAUAAUUCGCGAGUGGGAUGGCUGGCAAAAUCCUGGCCAAUAUAAUUUUAUUUAAAUAUUCUAAAAUUAAAUUUAUUUUUAAUUUUGCACUGA